AUAGCCGUCGCGCCUUGUCUCUCUGCUUUCUGGGACGCCACGAAGACCGAAGCAGAAGCGUGGGGGAAGAUUGGGAACGCGAAGAAUGGUGCAAUGUCUCUCCUUCGGAUCAUUGACGUCAUCUUCAGCGUCUGCUUCGGGCCCUAUUCCCCCUGCUCCUCUCCAGGGGUAUUCGACGGAGCCCAGCACUUCGUCGCCCACCCCAAAUGUGUCUCUCGAAUUCAAUCGCACCGUACUGGGAAGUUCCUUCAAGCAGAUCCGAUGUGUAAUUGAGUCACAAGUAUUUGACCCUGAUUCAAACGAUCCCCCACAAGACCAACCUCAGCUCGUCGAUGGCACUGCCGACGGAGACUCCCAAAGGCGAUUCCUGGAAAAGCUGCUUCAACCUGACCAAGAUUGCGUCCAAAAAGCUCUCACACAAUUAAAGUCCAAUUCUCUGACUCCCCUCGUCUCUUCAUUCUUCAUACACAGCAACGCCACCUUUGAACUCUGCCUUCGGCUUCUCCGAAAUCUCCGUUGUGCGCGUAUCAUGUAUGCUCCUUUUCGUGACCUUCUCUCCGAUUCCAAUCAUCUUACUCAAUCUCAGUGUGACGAUGCCUUCGACGUCUUCUCAGUAUUUGAUACUCAAGAGAAUCCGUUCUCUCUCCAUGAUUCCCCUAACAUCAGCGACAUGCGCAGUUCCUUUUCUGAACUUGACCAACAACUUCGCUAUCUUCGAGAUUCUAGCUCCAAACCCCGCCUUCUCCAUGGUGCCACUACUGGUUCAGCUCUUUGCUUCAUCGCCACCGCCGUCGGAGUGGUUGCAACUGCCAUUGUCGUCACAACCCAUGCACUUGUCGCCAUCGCUGUUGCUGCUGCUCCCGUUUGCCCUGUAUUAUCCCAAUUUAAGAACCCCAAAAAGAAGGAACUUGCUCGAUUGGCGCAGCUUGAAGCAGCUUCGAGGGUUACUUUUGCUCUAAAACAACAUCUUGAUUCAAUUGAUCGCCUUGUUGUUCUGCUGCACGGAGCAGUUGAGGCCGAUAAGCAUUCUGUUCGUCUUUGUUUGCAGAUGGGUAAAGAUAGAUACGUCAUCCAAGAGAUCGUCAAGUUGCUGCGCAAGAGGCAUGAGAGCUUUCGCCAGCUUAUGAGGGAACUUGAGACAAAUAUAUACAUCAGCCUAAACUUUGUUAACAGGGCCAGAUCGAACCUCCUCCACCAGAUAUGCCCUCAUCAAACACCUAGUUCCUAACCUACCACUCAAAUUUCUGUUGAAGAUUAUAGACUUGCAGCGUUCAGUGUCCACGACGUCGCUACCUAUUAUUUGCUAACUGGGAAUGGAAAUAUGGGCUCCUUACCAUUUUCUGAAUGCCCGAUAUGAUUCCCGUGUUAAUAAACAUUAAUGAUCUUGGGGUUAUCCAUACCAUAGGUCUUCAUUUUUCGGGAGUUCAGCAUCUUAAAUGUCAAAAGAGCAGUGCUCGAAGAUUUUUA